AUGCCAGGAAAAAACACGGCAGGCGAGGGGCAGCCUGGCCCCGGCUCCGGCUCCCCUGAACUCCAGCCCGCGUCUUCCCAGAGACCGACUGAGCCCGACGUCGAGCGGGGAGGCGCCGGCCCCGGCAUUCCAGCCCGGCGCUUCCCCAAUCGGAGCCCGCGGGGUGGGCCGGCCUCUGGCCGAGUGAAGGGGCCGCGGGCCAAUCGGGGUCCCGCAAACGCCCUGGGCGGGGCGUGCAGCCGGGAGCCCGGCCCCGCGCCGCUUGCAGCCCAGGUGGGGACCGGCGGCACCUUUGCCCGGCCAGAAUAUCCUGGCCCCAAACUGGAGAUCAUCAUCAAGGUGGAGGAGGAGGAGGGGCUGUGGGCCUCUGCACCGCCGGACUCUCUAGGGCAAGAGAGCCAGGUGGAGCCCCAACCCGGGCGCGUGACCUGGAGCAAGUCUGGGGAGCAGUGCCAAGAGGAAGGUUCCGGAAGCUUGCCCUUGCCCAGUGAGCGGGAGAGCCGGUCGGGGGAGAUGGCCCUCGCGGCCCCUGAGCAGCCCGCAGCCCAGGAGCAGCAGCCCAUGGCCAAGAGGAACUGGAAGGGACCCCCCUAUCCGUGCUCGGGGUGCGAGCAGACCUUCCAGGACAAGAAAGACCUCAAGAAGCACCAGAAGGCCGUCCACAUUGGGGAGAAGCCCCACGGAUGCACCCAGUGUGGGAAAACUUUCCAGUUCAGGAGUAACCUGAUAGUCCACCAGAGGCUCCACACUGGAGAGAAGCCCUAUUCCUGCCCGGAGUGCGGGAAGACCUUCCGGUGCAAGAACAAACUGACCAUCCACCAGAGAAUCCACACAGGGGAAAAGCCCUACCCCUGCCUGGUGUGUGGGAAGACGUUCAGGGGGAGGCACCCGCUGACUAUCCACGAGAGGAUCCACAGGGGAGAGAAGCCCUAUUCCUGCCCGGAGUGCGGGAAGUCCUUUCGGGACACCAAAGGCCUGAGGCUCCACCAGAGAAUCCACACAGGGGAGAAGCCCUACCCUUGCCUGGAGUGCGGGAAAAGCUUCCGGUACAGGAACAAAUUCAAAACCCACCAGAGAAUCCACACCGGAGAGAAGCCCUAUCUCUGCCUGGAGUGCGGGAAUUCCUUUCGCGACAAGAACCAGCUCAUAAUCCACGAGAGGCUCCACACCGGGGGGAAGCCCUUCCCCUGCAACGUCUGCGGUAAAGGGUUUAGAGAAAAGAGGACUCUGAAAUAUCACGAGAGGAUCCACAUGGGGGAGAAGCCCUUCACCUGCCAAGAGUGCGGGAAGGCCUUCAAGUUCAAGAACAAACUGACAGCCCACCAGAGAAUCCACACCGGAGACAAACCCUAUCACUGCCAAGACUGUGGGAAGUCCUUCCGGGACAAGCGGGACCUCCGAGUCCACCAGAGAAUCCACACGGGCGAGAAGCCCUUUUCCUGCAAAGAGUGUGACAACUCCUUCCGGUACCGGAACCAGCUGAUAGCCCACGAGAAAAUCCACGCAGCAGAGAAGGAUGGCACCGAGAUUCUGAGAAUUACAGUCCUGGAGAAUCAUGGCGAUCCGAUCCGUGGGGAACCCACCCAGAAGAGAAGCCUCAGCCCUGCGGAGGACCUUGAGGAGUCUGUAGAGAUGGUGACGAUGUCAGAGAAUCACAGAGAAGUUGUCGUCGGAGAAUCUAAGCCAGAGACAAACUUCCCACCUAAUGCGGGGAAAGUUUUAGAGGUGGAAGAGGUUCCAGAGAGUUACGGGGGACAAGUCUCCGAAGAACCGAAGCCAGAAACAAAGAGCAUCAUUGCUGUGACUGUGGGGGGGUCUACGUGGGAGGGAGCCCCGGUUUUUGUCAAGAGUGAGAAUACUUCAGACUAG